UUUCUUCUUCCUUGCGUUUCUGUAUGCCCUUCUCUUGCAAUUAAUGCACCACCCGCCCAUCUUCACCAUCAACUCUUAUUAAUUCUCUUACCCUUUCCUGUUUUCAUUCCCUCUCCAUCUCUCUCUCUCUCUCUCUCUCUCUGCCCUGCCCUGCUUCUGCUCUCUUAUCCUUUUAUCUCAAGCCUCAUUUCUCCAUUCCCAAGGUGAUGGGUGUCCUCUAGCCUUCCUAAUCCUCUCUUCUCCCUUCCCUUUUGAAGUAACCACCCAUCGUCAUUUCUCAUCUUACUUAUGCAGGCUCGAUUCCAAGUUCCUCCAUCCGAAAUUCUUUGCGGAAGUAAACGACGAAAAGUCAGUGAAGAUCUCUGUUUCCAAUUAAGUGAUUUUUUGUUCAUGGGCGGGCUUUUCCUCCCAUUCCCAGGCUAGGAUCUUUGAGACCUUAAGUUAUCCAUUGAUUUACCUGUCUUCUUCUAUAAGCCGUUUUCAUCAUUCAUUUGCAGAACCGCUGGCAGAUCAUCAAAUUUGACUAAGCUAGAAAGAUUCAUUUUCGGACAUUAAAGUGUGAAGUGGGUCAUACUUUUUGAAUUUUGACUAUUAUUGGCUUGCGAUCUCAGAAGUUUAUGUGAGAUCUGUAUUGGAAAAAAAUCAAGGGAACUUGGCUUCAAUUUCACUGGAUCAGAUGCCUUGUUCGUGGAGCUGAUCAAAUGGGGUGUUGUGUCUCCACAAGCAGUCGGAGUACUUGUAGUAGUAGGAGCAACGGUGACACGAUCUCUCCAUCUUGUUUGGAAGUUGGUUUCUGUGGGCAAAAGAGAACAAGGAGAACAUUCUCUGAUCAUGUCAUUGCUCUGCAGCAUCUUCCGUCCCUACCUAAUCGAAUCUUAACCAAUGGAAAGAGCCGGACUUCUUGCAUAUUCACACAGCAAGGCAAAAAGGGUAUCAAUCAGGAUGCCAUGAUUGUAUGGGAAGACUUUAUUUCGGAUGAUGCCAUUUUCUGCGGUGUCUUUGAUGGCCAUGGUCCAUAUGGUCAUGUCGUUGCACGCAAUGUGAGGGAUACCUUGCCUGUAAAACUACUUUCAUUUUUGCAUUCUUGUGAAUCGAAGAGAAAUGGGUCAGGCUCAGGCAAAGCUUGUUUCAAAGCGAAUGGGAAUACUGAUGAUGGAGUCUGUGAGAAGGAUUGUUCUGCUGAGGAUAUUGUGAAUUCUCUCUGGAGAGAAGCUUUCAUGAAGGCUUAUAAGGCAAUGGACAAAGAACUUAGGUCUCAUCCAAAUCUGGACUGCUUCUGUAGUGGGAGCACGGCUGUCACUAUAGUGAAGCAGGGUUCAAAUCUGUUCAUGGGGAACAUUGGGGAUUCGCGAGCAAUCAUGGGAUCCAAAGACAGCAAUGAUUCAAUGGUGGCCAUUCAGUUAACUGUUGAUUUGAAGCCUGAUUUGCCAAGGGAAGCGGAAAGAAUUAAACGGUGCAAAGGCAGAGUAUUUGCACUGCAAGAUGAGCCUGAAGUUCCCAGAGUGUGGUUGCCUUUUGAUGAUGCACCAGGAUUAGCAAUGGCUCGAGCAUUUGGAGAUUUCUGCUUGAAGGAGUAUGGUGUGAUUUCCAUACCUGAGUUUUCUCAUCGGCUGCUUACAGACAAAGAUCAGUUCAUUGUUCUUGCUUCUGAUGGGGUGUGGGACGUGUUGAGCAAUGAAGAGGUGGUUGAGAUAAUAGCUUCAGCACCGACUCGAUCAUCAGCUGCUAGGAUUCUGGUGGAUUCCGCAGCUCGGGAGUGGAAGCUUAAGUAUCCAACAUCAAAGAUGGAUGACUGUGCUGUGGUCUGUCUCUUUUUGGACGGGAAGAUGGACUCAGAAUCCGAUUAUGAUGAGCCAGGCUUUUCUUCAGCGACCAUCCAGAGCAACCAUUCCGGCAAUCCAGUUGAAUCAGAUGACGGCCAGAAGUCUGAGCCAUCUCUGCACCGGAACUUCACUGUGAGAUCCUCGGAUGAAAAUGAGACUUAUGGAGGGCUGCCUGUAGACGUCGAAGAUGGAGCGACAUCAUCUGUAGAAGAUCAAAACUGGUCAGGUUUGGAAGGUGUGACCCGUGUAAAUUCACUGGUCCAGCUUCCUCGAUUUUCCGAGGAAAGACCAACCCCUUGAAUCCUGUUGGAUUUUGGUUUGUAGACAAGAAAUGAGAAUGCUUUGUUGUAACACUUCAAGCUAUACUGUGAAAUGUGAAUUCAAAGAAGUAACUGUUUUGUUGGAGAAAUUUUAGCUGAUUUUGUUA